AUGAAAAAACAUAAGCUGACGUACGUAGGAGUGUUGUACUGCGGAGAAGAGCCAGUGAUACUGGCACAAAGCUUCAACUUCUCAGAACUGCCGUACUUCUCAAGAAGCCAGGCGAAGAAUCUGUCAGUGUUUACAGCAAGAGAGAUCUCGAAGAGAGUGGACGAAGGAUUCACAGGAACAACAAUAGAAGAGUACGCAAUCUACGCACAUAAAUGGGAAAACGGAAUGUGUAUACUGUGUAUAUGCGACAAGGAGUACCCAAGUAGAACAGCAUUCGCACUGAUACAGCACUCGUUCUUCAUAUUUAACGAAAAGUACAUCUACGAAGAGCUGGACCUGACGAAAGAUAAUAACCUGAGCCUGCCAGAAUUAAAGGAACUGCUGCUGAAGUACAGAGCGCCUGAGCAAGUGGACAUGUACGAAAACGUGUUCGGAAAGGUGCAAAACACGAAAAACAUAGUGACGAAGACAGUGAAGGAACUCUUGAACAACGAAGAGAGCCUGGAAGCACUAGUCAACCAAAGUAAAGACCUGUCAGCAAAGACGAAGGACGUAUUCGCUAAAAGUAAAAAACUUAAGAGAAGAAGCUGCUGCGCACUCAUGUAG